GCCCUCGCAGCCUCUAUGGUGAUAAACAACCCUGAAGAAGCUGCUGAAACACCUCCUGUCAAAAAGGAGAAAGAGGAGGAGAGUUACUAUCGGCGCCUGGGUGCUCUCUCAGCCUUUUUCCGACACAGAGUCUACCAGAGUUCUCUGGCAAAGAUGCGAAGGAUCAAGCGAAGCACACAGGAGAUACUCUUCCAGCUUCAAGAAGCUGUUUUGUUGGUAAAGUACACCUUGCAGUCUCUGGAUAGGCAACUGAAUCCUCAGGUUGCUAAUCACCAGAAGGAAAUGGAACCAAUCUUGGUGGAGUGGAAUGGGAGUAUUCCAAUGCCGAGCCAGAGCUACGAAGAGAGUCUUUUAGAGGCAGAAUCGCAGGUUCUAAGCUUGACCUACGGCAUCAGCCAGCAGAUGCGGAAUAUCUGCCAGACAUUCUUGGCUAACGCGCAGGGCCUCCCUGUUGAUCUCUUAGAAAAGGUGCAGCAAACAUAUAGCAGCAUGGAAGAUCUGCAGGAGACCCUCUCUGGUGCCAAAUCCUUGAAGGACCUUCCCAGUGGUAGCCUGAAGGAGAGCCAGGAGAAGAUUGGGGAGGCCCAGGAGACCAUAUUUGAGACCCUAGAAUACGUGAUUGUGACAACAUUGGUGGCUGGGUCCUUUUUUCCUCCUCAAACCUCUAUGGAAGAAUCUGAAAAGGAGGCAAAGGCAGAGGCCUAAAAGAGUGCCAGUCGUGGGGUUGUGCUUGGAACUUGUCUACUACUCUUGGACCAAUAUGUAGCAUAAGGAUUCUGACUUCUGGAAAAGUGUAAGAACUAAAAUUGUCCCUAAUGGUAAAUUCCUUAGACUGGUGAUGUUUCUAGGGAAUGAGAGAUGCUUCCAAAUGUUUUAAAACAAACUGUUUAUCAAAUUUGCACGCACUGUAUGUUUAAAGUUCAUGACUUCACCCUCACCUUCCAAAAUCCUGGGAACUGUACUUUGUUAUGGGUGCUCUGUAAAGAGCAAUCUGCAGUUGCCAGGAUCCUUUGGGGAAACCAUGUGCUUUAAAUCUAUGGUGCGUACACAACUGUACUCCUUUUUGAUAAUUAUAUUGAGCAAAGCCUUAUAUCUACAAAUCGAAAGGUUCAACUUGACCUUGUCUGACGAGCUGCAGAAAUCUUAAGGGGCCUGCCAUGUGGGGGGCAAAUACCGAUGA